AAUGGGAUGGCCGUUCUUGCGAAAAAGAUUGCCUAGAAGGAACUGGGGAGAUCCUCAUUUAGCAAUGUUGGAUGGUAGAUCUUUCGAUUUCUUCGGAAUCGGACAAUUCUGGUGUUGUCGAUCACCAUUUUUAGCUUAUCAGUUUCGAUUCUUUGCUUUUAAGAGAACAUCAUUUAUUGGUGCGAUUGCAUUGAAACUCGGCAAUACAUCAGUUUUAACGAUCAACACGAAAUUUCCAUCAACACUAACAGAUCUACCUGUUCUUCGUCUUAAUGGAAAUGAAUUGUCCAAUUUGAACACUGAGAACAAAUUCAAAUUUCAUAAUGAUAGUCUUCGAUUAGAUAUUUCCCUGCGUGCGAAGGAAAUCUCCGAAGAUGAUCCGACCAUUCUAUUCGUGUCCUUAAAAUUCUCAAAUGGAGCUAGUUUAUCGAUUGUAGCAUUAUACAGCUCCAAGAUGAAAAGACAAUACUUGACUCUAAUUACAACGCCAAUAAAUGAGAUGAUCAAUAAGACAUCUGGCAUUUGUGGAUAUUUCAACGAUGGCGAUUCGGACGAUCUUAUGGGUCCAGAUGGUAAAAAUUACACUUAUCCCGUACAAUUUGUAGAAUCUUGGAAAAUGAAGCGGACUAUUAGAAAUGGAGGUGGACUGCCUAAUUCUUGGUCUGAUCCUGAAUCGAACUUUCACGAGAAAAACUCAAUGGAUAAAUCGUAUAUUGAUCCAACGCACAAGCCUCUUUAUUCACUGAAUGGAUUUACGCAAUCCGACAUUAAUACUGCGAAAGAAGUGUGUACAUCUGACCGAUUAUCAAAGGAGGAGAUUGAUCAAUGUAUCUACGAUGUUGUGACUACGAAUGAUCCAAACGUACGAAAUCAAGCUGUACUGAAAGCCAAUGAAUGUCCGGAGAAGUGUUCCAAUAGAGGAAACUGUGUUGGAGGAAAGUGUGUUUGUAUACAAAGCUGGUCUGGGGAAUCAUGUGAAAUUGGCGAAUGUGGAAAGUGUGUUAAUGGAAACUGUUCGGCUGGCUUUUGCGAAUGUGUUCCUGGCUUCCAAGGACCGACUUGUGAAACAGCAGCCAUAUGCGAAGGCAAUUGCUCAUCAAAAGGAGAAUGCGUUAAAUCAGAUGUUUGUAAAUGCGAUGAAGGAUGGACAUCAAAAAAUUGCUCAGAAGAGGCUGUUUGCAGUGAAGGUUGUUCAGAUCAUGGGAUAUGCAUUGACCACGACAUUUGUAAAUGUGAGAUUGGUUACAAUGGAACAAAUUGCGCCACAUUCAGUUGUGAGGUAAGAGGCGAAUGUUCUCAACAUGGAAUUUGUAUUGCUUUCGAUCAAUGCCUUUGUUUCAAAGAAUGGACUGGUCUAAGUUGUUCUAAGCCUAUCUGUAAAAAUGAUUGCAGUGGUCACGGUAAAUGCACCGAACCUGGAGUUUGUACAUGCGAAGAUGGCUAUAGCGGAGAUGAUUGUGGAAUCUUAAAAGAAUGUCCUCUAAUGGAUAAUUGUAACGGGAGAGGAAUGUAA